AAAGUGAUCGAUUUGAAGUUGCGUACACAAAUUGUUAAUAAUUUGCAGGAAAAAUGACAAAGACAUGGACUAUUGUGAUUUUCACUGAUGAAGAUUGUGUUGAAGUAGUUCCAUCAAGUUGGAUACUAAAUGACAAAUGUUAUUGGCCGACGCUUACACCUGACAAGUUGAAAGCUGCAGUAAAAAAUCACGAUGCACUUGAUACUUCUUGGCCUUCAUAUCCUAUUCGGCUUAUACGAAAUGGAACUUUUUAUGAUUAUUCAACAGCAGAAAAAAAGUGUAAACGGGCGGAGUAUUCGUCCGAUGUAAAUUCUGACAGAUCUAAACAGAAUGAAACAGAAUCCGACAUAAAUAAAAGGAAAAUAAUAAAAAAAACGUUUGGCUUUUCAUUUGAUGAGGAUAAUCUAUCAUCAUCAGACGAUAAUAAUAAAUUGCCGACUAAAUUGCCGACUCCUCCACGUUUAACGAAUGACACCAGUACUUUUAUAAGUAAAAGAAAGCCGAAACAAAAGAGUCAAGCUACUAAUAACGAUAGAAUUCGAAAUGAGAAAUUUGAAAGGAAUUUAUCGAUUGGUAAUAAACGAGGUAAUAAAUCUUUAGAUGACAACGAUAAACCAUUGAAUGUUAAUGAACAAGAAUGUAAAUGUUGUCCUGUACAUAUAAAACACAACUGUGAAAAUUAUUUUAAAGAAAUCAUCCAACAACAAAAUCUUUUCAAAGCCAGCAUGUGGCAAUAUACAGAUUCACUUCACGAAUUAACCACAUCGGUUAAUCGGUUAUCGUAUUGUUAUGAAUAAGGUGACUCAUGAAGUGGAGGAAGCAACAACUUCAUUCUUCACAAUGUUUAAUUUUCCGUUACAAGACGAGGAAGACCUAAUCCGCGUCGAUGAACACCUAAACGACGAGAAAAAUUUUAACGUUGCGAUGAAUCAACUUGCAAAAAUUGGUGGAAGUUCUGUACAGAAUUUUACUCAAAGAGCUUUGCAAAUGUUAAUAACAAAUGACCUUGCAUCAACCUAUAGCUGGUUGGGAAGGCGAGCCAAAAAAACUUUUAACAAAUUAAAAUUAGCGGAUUUGAUAAUUGGUUCUGUCAAAAAAAGCAUCCCAAAUUCUACUAAUAAAGAGUGCGAAGAAGCAAUCCAAAAGUGGUUAAGAAGAGCCAAAGAACGUAGUAAUAAUAAUAAUAAGAAACGUGGAGAGAAUAAUAAUGAUGCAGAAACUGCGCGUGAAGGUUCAGAUGCUGAAAAUUAAUUGGUCGAAUCAUUUAUUAAUAACUUACCUGAGAAACUCAUCAUCACUUUCAUUUUUUAUUAUGGUUUAUAUGGGUCAAACGCGGUUCUUCUUGUGUAAUGUCUCAU